GUGUUCAUAUGUCGUAUCGUAUCGUUGUCCCGACUCUGGUUUUAUUACAAUCGCAUUAAUAAGCAGCGCACUUCUAAGGUAAUCUAAAAAACGUAAUUGAAUCGAAUCUAAAGAUAAGUAAAUCCUUUAGUUUUGCAAUUGAUUUCAUGAACGCACGUGCAUUAGCUUCAUAAGUGCAUUAUCAAAACAAAAUGAUCCUCCUUUUCAUUGCAUUAGUUUCAAUAGCGUUGUAUUUAUACGGCACGAGGAACUUCGACUACUGGAGAAAGAGAGGAAUCAAAUAUGAAGAACCGGUAGUUUUUUUUGGGGGAUGGCUAAGACAGCAUAUUGAUAGAGUGAGUGUUUCUGAACGUUUUGCCAAUCUUCACCGAGCGUUUCCAGAAGAAAGAUUCGUUGGAUUCUUCGAAGGGAACACCCCGGCUGUCCUUGUGAGAGACCUAGAGCUAAUAAAGCAGGUAUUGCUAACAGAUUUCCGUUAUAUACAUCACAGAGGGGCUAUUCCCCUUACGGAGUUCACGGAGCCUUUAAUGAGGAAUUUAUUCACUAUAGAGGGUGAUGUAUGGAAACUGAUGAGGCAGAAAUUAACACCAGCGUUUUCGAGCGCUAAACUAAAAGCCAUGUUUCCACUUAUUGUUGAAAGGACGGAGAAAUUAGCAAAGCUAGCUGACGAAGCGUCACUAAAAGAUGAAAUCGACGUACGGGAGCUUAUGGCGAGGUACACGACAGAUUUUAUUGGAGCAUGUGGUUUCGGUAUCGAUUCGAAUGCUUUGAACGAAGAACACUCAGAUUUCCGUAAGCUUGGCAAACGUAUCUUCAAUUUGACAUAUCGGGAUCUAUUCUUCAAUGUGAUGAAGAGGGCUUUUCCGGGACCCUUCAAACAUGCCCGAUACUUCCCGUCUGAAGUUGAGAACAAAACAAUUUCAAUCGUCAGACAAAUCAUGGCGCAGAGGGACUACAAACCUUCAGGAAGAAAUGAUUUUAUGGAUAUUCUUUUGGAACUCAGGCAAAAGGGCAAAAUAGUUGGGGAAUCUAUCGAGCGACAGAAUCCUGAUGGGUCUCCAGCGACUGUUGAACUGGAAUUAGAUGAUGAAUUGCUUGCGGCGCAGGUCUUUGCAUUCUUCGCUGCCGGUCACGAAACUUCUUCAUCAGCCAGCAGUUUUCUUCUCCAUAUCUUAGCAUAUCAUCCUGAGGUUCAGGAACGAUGCCAGAAGGAAGUAGAUGAGGUUCUGGCGAAGUAUGAUGGCAAACUUUGCUUCGAUGCCGUCAGGGAUAUGAAAUACUUGGAAAUGGCUUUCAAAGAAAGCAUACGUUGUCUACCAUCUCCAGGGUUUCUUAUCAGAAGAACCGUAUGUAAAUAUACCAUACCAGACUCCCAAGUGACACUAGACGAAGGUACAAUCAUCAUAGUAUCCACAGAAUGCCUCAGUCUCGACGAGAAAUACUUUGAGGAUCCUGAAGAGUUCAGACCUGAGAGAUUUCAUCCUGAUAAUGUUGCCAACAUUAAGAAAUGCACUUUUAUGCCUUUUGGAGUGGGACCGAGAUCUUGUAUAGGCGAGCGCAUGGGCAUCAUGCAGUCGAUGGCAGGUGUGGCAACCAUUUUGAGCAAGUUCACAGUGGCGCCCUCCCGCAGCUCCGUCCGGAAACCACGCAUCGAUCCCAAAUCUAUCCUCGUUCAAAAUAUCAUCGGCGGAUUGCCUCUAGCGCUGAAACGGAGACAGAAAUAA